GCCGUCAUUAAAAAUAAGAAUGUGUUCUUAACUGACUUGCCAAGUUAAAUAAAGAUUAAAUAAAGAUGUGAGAAAAAAUAGACAAAUCGGCGCCAAAAAAUACAGAUUUCCGAUUGUUAUGAAAACUUGAAAUCUGCCCUAAAUAAUCGUCCAUUCCGAUUAAUCGGUCGACCUCUACUUUAUACCCUGCCGGCUAUAACUUCCCCUAGGCCUUUCUAGACUGUCGGCUAGAACGCUGAAAUUAUGUUUUGUGAUAACUGCCUGAAAAAACGGUUAGGGAUUUUUCUUAACGUUAAGGAUCCCAACUGCGUUUAAACGUUUUAACAUUAAAAUGUUCACACCCCUAGUAGAAGUCCUCAAUGUCCAUGUUAAAAUGGGUUAAAUCCAUGAGUCCUCUCUAACAGGCACAACAUUGAUAUCAAUUUGCUGAAAUGCCACUUAUCAGUGCAUUCGUAACAACCUAACAACUUCUAUUAGAUCAAAUAAUCCAGCAAGGAGCAUAUAGAAGUUAAAUAAUUUUGUUGACCACACUCUCAUUGACCUCCAUACACAAAUUCUUCAUUUUGUAGGCUUAUUUUUCAUGGGCAGAGUAAAACCUCUCGCUUCGCGUCUUCCUCUGACUCAUUUCAUUGAUUGAGACAGGUGAUGGCUAUCAUGACGUGGCACUUUUGGGUGGACCAACCUGUCUUGAUCAAAGAUUUGAAAUCGACCAAACAGCAGUGUUGGAUUACUUCAUGGAGUGUUUUCAGAGCAUUUUCUAAAUUCAAACAAACCACCUGAAACUGGACACAGACAUUAUAUAUACCCAUCGCCUUGGUCUUGAGAUGUCUUGAGACAUGCAAUUGAGACGUCUCAAGAUGUCUAACGUCUUAAACAUUUUGAAGACAUGUCAAUGCAAUGUCCGGAGACAUUUUCUGUGCCUCUUCAAGACACGUCAAAUAGUGCUGUGUCUUGAGACAUUUUAGGAAUGUUGGACUUUUUGAAAUUCAUGGAACAUUCUUCAGUCAACUCAGUUGAUGCAAGAAAUGACAAUCUGUCAAACCUGGAGGAUUUACAAACAGUUUUUUUUCUACUUCAGAAUACGAGGAUGGAAGACAUCAGCUGUCACCCAGCAAAUACAAGAAGCCCUCGGACGGCAAGGCUUUCUGCUUCAGGUCUGUUUGAGGGUGAAUGGGGUGACAGCAGAAGAGAGGGUAAUGGACUAGUACAGGGUGACAGACUGCCAGGGAGCCGAGAGGAGGACAGGUGAGGAGUGGUGCUAUUCGAGCUUUAGCUGCUAGCGGAACGCUAUUAGUGUGGGAUGUUACGCUGGACAACCCACCUGGAAGGAGGGCCGCGGAGGGUGAACCAUGCUGCUGUCUCCGUGGGACACAAGGUGUUCUCCUUCGGAGGGUACUGCUCUGGAGAGGACUACGAGACGCUGAGACAGAUAGAUGUACACAUCUUUAACACAGUUUCUCUGCGGUGGAUGAAGUUGCCUCCAGUGAGAACAGCUGGUAGGGAACAUGCCAGGGAUGUCCCCUACAUGCGUUACGGUCACACAGCCGUGCUGCUGGACGAUACCAUCUACAUCUGGGGGGGUCGUAACGACACGGAGGGGGCCUGCAACGUCCUCUAUGCCUUUGACAUCAACAACCACCGGUGGUUCACCCCUAAGAUUUCUGGGACAGUUCCGGGGGCGAGGGAUGGCCACUCUGCCUGCAUCCUGGGGAAGGCCAUGUACAUCUUUGGAGGGUACGAGCAGCUGGCUGACUGCUUCUCCAAUGACAUCCACAAGCUGGACACCACAACCAUGGCCUGGUCACUAAUCAAUACAAGGGGUACUCCAGCUCGUUGGAGGGACUUCCACUCUGCCACCAUCAUUGGCACUAAGAUGUUUGUGUUUGGAGGCAGAGCAGAUCGCUUCGGUCCGUUCCACUCUAAUAAUGAGAUCUACUGCAACAAGAUAAAGGUGUUUGAUACAGAGACCAACAGCUGGCUGAACACUGCUACUGCUCAGCUCCCACCAGAGGGACGACGUAGCCACUCAGCCUUUUCCUGUAACGGGGAGCUGUAUAUAUUUGGGGGCUACAAUGCUCGUCUGGACCGACACUUCAGCGACCUUUGGAAGUUCAACCCAGAGACGUUUUCGUGGAAGAAGGUAGAGCCGCAGGGUAAAGGUCCGUGCCCCAGGAGGAGACAGUGCUGUUGCAUGGUGGGAGAUCGGAUCAUUCUGUUUGGAGGAACCAGCCCAUGUCCAGAACAGGGGAUGGGAGAUGAGUUUAACCUCAUGGAUCAUUCUGACCUCUACAUACUAGACUUCAGUCCUAAUCUGAAGACAUUAUGCAAGCUAGCUGUUAUUAACUACAGUCUUGACCAGGGUGGUCUACCACACGACAUCAGGUGGGAGCUGAACGCCAUGACCACCAACAGUAACAUCAGCAGACCUAUCUUCUCCUCUCAUGGCUAAACUGACCCAGAACCCCAGGGCUGAACUGACCUCAAAACUACCAGAACACCAGGGCUGAACUGACCCAGAGCUACCACAGUAUCAGAACACCAGGGCUGAACUGACCCAGAGCUAGCUGGCUGUCAUAGUACCAGAAGAUGAUCCACCAUCUGAGCUGGCCUUUGACGCUACUAGAACCUGGCAGAGAACCCUACGGUCCGGCCUUAACCAACUGCACUUAGCUCCAGCAGUAUCAGGGCUGACUCCACCAGAACCUUAACGCUCUGAAGACCUGUCAGUAAAACCAUGUUUCUGGUUGUCCUAGGUCUGGUUCUCUACCUGCCAGGGCUGUUUGAAUCUACUGGACCUGAAGACCUGGAGGCUGUCUGCCUGUCUGUUUUUACAGUAACAUUUUGAUCUGGUCUGAAUUGGAGUUUUCUUCCUUGGUUUGUCUAUCUAUCGCUCUCUCUCUCUCUCACGCUUCUCUUGUUGUCCCCCCUGGACACUAUCAGGAUGGGGUGAAUGGUGCAUUAGUAUCUGGGUUUGUGUUGCUCUCUUUCUCUUUCUCAAUUUCUCAAAGCAGAACAUAUUCUUCACUCAACACUGAUUUCUCUUUCUUGAAAGAGUUGCAGAAGUGAAUGCUGACAUUUUGACAUUUGGUUUUCUCUGCUCCGUACUCUCUCCUGACUGAUCAAAUGUCUGUGAUGAUUACCAUAUAUUUAAAGGGGCACCCCUCCACCAUUGGUUUUGUUUAACAGCUCAUCAGGGAAGGGACAGAAGUUCUGAACUCCAAAUGUCCUGAGUGGAUAACUAACCUCUCUUCUCUCUGUGGAGGUGAAAUACGUGUCAUCCCACUGUACCAGCUGAGAGAAUGCCUCUAGAAUGCAUCCGUCACAGCCAACCACCGUAGAACCCCAUACGGCUGUGCUGCUCACUGCUUACAGCUGACUCUAGAAGUUAGAAUAAGCUUAACAAAGUUAAAAGUUCCAUUCAUCUCCUGGUUAGUCUUUAACUGUCACUCGUGCAACAGGUGAAGAUUUUGGACCCACCACAUGGAGCCUGCCUGUUGAACAAACCUAGAAUACAAUAUUGGGUGUAGAGGACAGAACUAUAGUACUAUUCUAUAUUACUACUAGGGUACUACAGCACUAUACUGCUACUAGGAUACUAUACUACUGGGUACUAUAGUAAUAUACUACUGCUAUACUACUAGGGUACUGUAGUAUUAGGCUACUAUAGUACUUUACUACUACUACUACACUGCUAGGGUACUAUAGUACUAUACUACUACUAUACUACUAGGGUGCUAUAGUACUAUACUACUAGGGUACUAUAAUACUACUGUGGUAUACUGUUACACUACUGGGGUACUAUAGUAUUAUACUACUGGAGUACCCUAGUAGUACAGUAGUAGUGUAGUACUACAGUAUCCUAGGAGUAGUAUAGAAUGAUAGUACCCUAGUAGUACAGGGUACUGUAGUAAUAUACUGCUGUAGUACUAGGGUACUGUACUACUGUACUACUAGUAUACUAUACUACUUCAACACUAGGAUACUAUCGUACUAUACUAGAAACACCUGUCCUACACCUUCCUGGCAUUAGCCAUCUAUUUUAGCCCAGGCAGAAGAACAGCUAUUUAAUUAACCUCUAGGUGCUUCCCUGCUGAUCAACAUGCAUACCUUCAGCCCCUGCUGAUCAACAUGCAUACCUUCAGCCCCUGCUGAUCCACAUGCAUACCUUCAGCCCCUGCUGAUCCACAUGCAUACCUUCAGCCCCUGCUGAUCAAC